AUGACCAAUUUUAAACAACUUCAAGACUAUGCCGUCAAGAAGAGAAGUCCUAGUGUUGUGCACAAGUAUCAAUUUGACGAAAUUGUCACCAAGUCUCUUCUGCUUCAUCCUGGUCGAUUAGAGAAAUUUAAAGUACGUAUUCCUAAUUUCAGUUCAAUGAGUACAGUUCCAGAUGUGAACAAAUGGAUUUUACGCUUAUCUCAGAAAAACAUCAAGAUAUUAACCUUAGAAUACAAGGAGGGAAAAACUGUGCGUCAUACGUUACCUUCAUAUUUCUUUUCUUGUCUGGACUUGACAUACUUGAUGCUCCGUAAUUUUGAUUUUUCGCCUACACCAGAGUUUAAAGGCUUCUUAUUUCUUAACAAAUUACUUCUUUACGGGAUUCACCUUGCAAACAACUGUUUUGAAGGUAUUCUCUCUAGUUGCCCCGUCCUUCAAAGGCUACUGUUACACGGUUGUUCCGGUGUUUCUCAUUUUAAUAUCAGUGGUUCAAAACUCAAGAGGUUGUCCAUCAAGGCCGAUGAUAAGUUUGAAUCAAUUUCCUUAGAAAAAGCUCCUAACUUGACUGAAGUUUUUGUUUCGCUGGAGAGAGUUGUAAUCGGUCUUAAAGGCAAUCCUAUCUCUGAUUUCGUUAAGCUUGUGAAUAGCUUGCCUAAAGUCAAAAUACUUCGUCUAAACGGCAAUUUUCUACAGCUCCUAGCUGAAACUCCAGUUCCGUCUAUGUUACCAACGUCUCUGAAGAUUCUUCAACUCAAAGGUGUAAACUUUACCAAAUUUGAUCAGAUAUCUGCUGUUGUCUGCUUGAUUAGAAAUUCUCCGAAUUUGGAACAACUUUAUAUUGAGUCUUCUACAACGAAGUUAAAACACAAACAAGUCUCCGGUUAUCUACAACUCCUAGACUGCACAACUUUUCCCUUCAGACAACUUCAUCAGGUCAAGUUAACGAAUAUCUCAGGUUUCAUUCCUGAGUUUGAGUUGAUCCGGUUCCUUCUCUUUAGUUCGCCAUCACUUGUGACAAUGAGUAUCGUGGAGCACCCACAACUCGCAGCAGAAAAAGCAUUGGAAGUAGCAAGGAAACUGCUCCAGUUACAGCCACCAUCACCAGUGUCUAUAGAUUUCUCGAGGGAUGGGAAAAAAUAA